GCAUUUUACCGCCGCGACCUCUGGGCGGAAUGGGCUCGACGCCCAUGAGGUUCAAUACCGCAGUAUCCAUAGCAACGGCAGGCAUCGGCGGCCUGUUUAAACCGGCUUCAAACUAAUUUGAGAGUGAAGAAGAAAGGUGCAACUACUAAAAUGCUUCAGGAGAAUGAUAAUUUUGAUGAACUUCUUGCUCGGAAGGAACAAGAAUGGAAGAGCUUACAAACACAACGUAUCCAAUCAUUGGUUACUACACUUCAAGACACACAAGUAAAACUCAAAGAAGAACAAGAAAAAUUUAACAUACUGAAAGAAGAUUUUAUGUUCAACCUAAGAGUACUUGAGGAGCGGGACCGAGAUCUGGAACGUUAUGAUGCCAUGUUUGCUCAGUUAAAAGUAACUGAAAGUUGCAAACAAGCAGAGAUCAGUGAGCUACAAAUUGAAAUUGACAAGUUGCAAAAUAUUGUUGCAAAAGAGAUGAAAACACGGGAAGAACUACAGUUCCAGUACCAGCAGCAAUUAAAGGCUCAUCAACUGGAAAUAGAGAAAAUUCGCAGUUCAAAAGACUCUAAAAUUAAUGGUCAGCAGGAAGAGUAUGCAAAACUAAAACAGGAGCUUGAGCGCAAAGUACAAGAAGUGGAGGGACAGCUUGCUUUGCAAAAACAGGAGUUGUUAGCAGAAUUUGAUGCUGAGAUGAGACAUCGAGAACAUGAGUUUACACUCCGAAGAGAUGAAAUGAAUAAUGUGGUACUUAGCAAUAAAUUGAAGGUGAAACUUUUGUCAAAAGAGUUGGAGCUGCUCCAAGAAACAGGAACAAAGGCUGCAGAAUCACUUCAGACAGCAGAGAAAACAAACCACCAAAUGGCAAAACAACUUCAAAGAAAAGAAUUUGAAUUAAAAAAUGUAAUUGCCUUAAAAGAUGCCAGGAUAAAGGAACUUGAGGACAAAAUAAACAGAAUGAAAGUUAGCUUGAAAAAUGAAGAGGAAAUGUUCCAACGAAAACAUUCUGAACUGGAUCGUCUUGCUCGUGAGAGAGAUGCAAAACUUGCUACUGUAAAGCAAGUACACACAGAACAGAUAAGGGAACUGAACAAUAAGAUACGUGAUUUACAGAUCAGCUUGGAGACGGUUGAAAUGGAAAAACGGCGAAUGGAAUGGAGCCAUAUAGAUGCCACAAAAGAGAAGGAGGAUGUUAUUGGGAAAUUGCGUGGCGAGCUUUCUACAAUGAAAGUCGGGUGGGAUGGUCACAUUGCACAGAUCUCCAAAGAGACCGUUGCUAAGGACGUACAAAUUAAAACGUUACAGGAGCAGGAUUCAAAGUUGAGGGCUGAAAUGGCACGGCACAAAGAGGAUGUGGAAAAAUAUAAACAUCAGCUUGUCCAAGCAGUAGAGAGGGAGAGGGGUCUCGAGCAAAUGAAAGUACAGGCAGAGCUGGACUGGCAACAACGCUGUGAGGAAAUAGAAAGAAGACAGUACCUAAAAUCAGAAGAACUUAUUCAAAGCCUGAGUCAAGCCCGAGACCAGGUUGCAGCAGAACUACAAGAAAAAGAGCGCAAAUUACAGGAGGUGGAAACAUUGGUCCGGGCUUUGACCCUAGAAAGAGACCGAGCAAUAGCUGCACUGCAGAAGCAUGGUGUUAUUCCAGAACGGGAUUCUCAGCCUGCAAAACCUUUGAAAGGAGAUAUGGGUGAUGCCGAAUUCCCUUCAGAUAUUAUACAGAACCUCCAACAGCAGAAUAUAAACCUGAGAACAGUUAUCACCCAAAUGAGGAAAGAAAUGGAAAUCCUGAGCGAGCAAAUUCCUGCCAAUCAAUCCAUGGGCAAAUUAUUUGAUGACACAGGAUCACUCAAGAGCCCCCAAGAAUCAUCUAAAGACUUUCCAGCCCUAGAAUAUACUAGAUCUUUGGAAGAUGAAGUUCAUGAACUCAAACAGAAGUGCAGGAAGUUGGAAGAACAGCUGGAGGACAUGUCAAAAGAUUCAACCAAGAUCAAGAUUCAGCCUUCAGGCUUUUCAGUGACUGCCGAUAAUGCCUAUCUCCAGAAUCACACACGGACCUUGAAUGAGACUAUAGCUGGUCUCCGUGCUGAAAAGAUCUCAACAGCUGCAACUGCCAAGAAGUAUGAAGCCAGGAUUGUGCAUUUAGAUUCUCUGGUAACACAGCUCACACAGCAGACACGCCAGAAACAGGUUGAAAUUAAUCAAUUACGAUAUGAAUUAACCAGUCAGCAACAGAGAACUGGUUCAGAAAUGUUAAGACUAAAUGAACGUAUUGCUGAACUGGAGUUACAGUUGACUGAAGCACGCAAAGAAGCAGAUGAGUAUUUUAAGGGUAACCUUCAACAAAACUUAGAAACUGUUGCUUUAGGCAAUGAGGUUUCAGCUCUGAAACUGGACUUGGCAAGUGGCCGUGUCCCAGUGGUUGUUGAACAGGAUGAACUUGUCAAAGAACUUCAAGGAGAAAUUCUUCAACUGCGAAAACAACUGAUUCAUUCACAGUCAAGUAACCACCCCUCACAACAGCAAAACUCUAAAGUAUUGGUUUUGCGAUCCAAACUAAAGCAGGCUGCUCACUACAUCAGUCAGCUAUCCCGUGACAAACAGCAGCUGAUUGAGAUAGGCAACCGACUCCGUGCGGAACUGGUUAAAUCUGGAUUAAGUGUUUCUCAGCCAUCUGUCACAGUGAGCCAUUUGGACCUACCUACUCAGUUACCGAGAGAGCUGGCAGAGGAAGCUCAGAAUCGCCUGUCUGCUUUGGAACGCCUACAAUACCAACUCACUACCCAGGAAUUGCAAUAUGCACAGCUGACACGUUUCAAAAAAGUUCCCAUCACUCUGCAGCAGAGUUCAUCAGAAAGUGAAAAUGGCCAGAAUACUAUCAACGGGAAAACUGGAAGUGAAGAACAAACUGCAGAUAAGGGCCGAGCUAUAGGUAUAGCGAAAAUUACACUUGACAAAGCAAAGGAAUGUGAAUUCUUGGAAGCUGGUCAGCCACAUUCACUUACAUCAGAACACAGCCAGUCACAACCCUUGAUGCAAAAUUCACACAACCAGUCUGAACAACUAAUGUCAUCCUAUGGAGCUGACAGUUCUAUUCAAGAUGUCUGGAAGAUGUUGGAGGGAGGGCUGAGUCCUCCUGUAUCUACGCCACAGAGCAACGCUGAACUAGAUGAUAACGCUGAUGGUGGAAUAAGAUCAAUAUCAAUGCUGUCUAUGCAAGAGAAUGUUGCCAUAAAAAAGGCUGGAAUGGACCCAAGGUUCACCGUUCGAGGGUCUAAAGCUGAAGUACAGAUCAAGACAAAACCUUAUCGUGUAAAAGGUACAGGAACAAAACAGAAACAUUCAACAAAAACUGCAAAGAUUAGAAAUUAUAGUCUACGUGAUUAAAGACAGUGUGAACUAAAUUCUGCAGCAAAAAGUAUAAGGUGUCACAAAUACCAGAUUGGAUAGUUUACUCAUACUGAACAUUGUAAAAUGAUUCUAACUUCAGUAAUUGAGGAUGUGUGUUUAGAAGUACAGCUUUAACUGUAAAGCACAUGAUGGAUGUAUCACUAAGAAUGUAGAUAAAGGCAAUUUUUUUUAAAAAUGUAAAACAAUUGAGUGGAUUGCCAAAAUAACACCCCUCCAUCAAAAGUACUAUUUUUGUGUACACUGGUUAUUAAAAUUAUGUUCAUUGCUCUACUA